GAAGUUAGAAAUAAACUAGCCCUGUGAGAUCUGCAAACAUGUCUGGAAAACCAGUUUGCAUUGCUGAUUUUGAAGAGUAUGCUAAAAAAUUCCUCCCCAAAUCAGUAUAUGAUUAUUACCGAUCUGGAGCAGAUGACCAGGAAACACUAGCAGAUAAUGUAGCAGCAUUUUCAAGAUGGAAGCUGUACCCUCGGGUGCUCAGGGAUGUGUCCAUAAUGGACCUGUCAACCUCAGUCUUGGGGCAGAAAAUUAGCAUGCCAGUCUGCGUUGGAGCGACGGCUAUGCAGCGCAUGGCUCAUGCUGAUGGAGAGACAGCUACUGCUAAAGCCUGCCAGGCAAUGGGGACAGGGAUGAUGCUGAGCUCCUGGGCCACCUCUACCAUUGAAGAAGUGGCUGAAGCAGCUCCAGCUGGCCUUCACUGGCUGCAGCUAUACAUCUACAAGGACCGGGAGGUUACCAAAUCUCUCGUGAAGCGUGCGGAGCGAGCAGGCUACAAAGGGAUCUUUGUGACUGUGGACACGCCAUUCCUCGGCAGGCGCAUUGAUGAUGUGCGCAACAAGUUCCAGCUUCCUCCCCACCUCAGAUUAAGAAACUUUUCAAGCAGUGACCUGGCAUUCUCCUCAGGGAAAGAUUUUGGAGAAAAUAGUGGACUGGCUGUGUAUGUAGCCGACGCAAUUGAUGCAAGCAUCAACUGGGAUGACAUCAAAUGGCUUCGAGGGCUGACCUCGCUGCCCAUUGUCGCGAAAGGAAUCCUCAGGGCUGAUGAUGCCAAAGAAGCUGUAAAGAUUGGGGUCAAUGGUAUCCUGGUGUCAAACCAUGGAGCACGACAGCUUGAUGGGGUCCCUGCAACAAUUGAUGUCCUGCCUGAAAUCGUUGAGGCUGUGGAGGGGAAGGUGGAGGUGUUCCUAGAUGGUGGUGUAAGAAAAGGCACAGACAUUCUCAAAGCAUUAGCUCUUGGUGCCAAAGCUGUAUUCAUCGGAAGACCUCUCAUCUGGGGCUUGGCUUAUCAAGGUGAAGAAGGAGCAAAAGAAGUUCUCCAGAUGCUGAAGGAAGAGUUUUGCCUGGCAAUGGCACUGACAGGAUGCCGGAGAGUAGAAGAAAUCAGCAGGACGCUGAUACGAAGACAUCAAGUAUUAUUUUCCAAGAUUUAGUUCUGAAUACUAUUGCCUCAUGUGUUGCCUGUUGUAUGGAAAGUAUGCUACCAGACAAAAAGCAACUGAGUUCACUCUUGGAGCCUCAUCCUACGAUCCAGACUGGGAAGGGGUGGUCUGUAGGAGGUCACUCACUGAAGAAAGUACUUGAAGCAAAAUUUACAGGUGUUUCCAUAUUCUCUGAGGCUCUUAAGGAAAGCUGCUCUACUGGGAGUUGUGAUUAGAGCUGGGCCUUCAUACAAGACCAACAUAGAAACUUCGAGGGUUCCUCUGAAUCUGCUGUGGCGUUUGUGGCUAUUGUCGUAAGCCUUGAGGGUCUUCCAAUCUGUGUGUACUUUGGUGUGAGGAUGGAAGCCUGUUCAUUGAACUCUUGAAGUAGAAAAUCAGGUCUUCCUUCUAACAGUCUUUGGAUGGCCCACCUAAGCAAGUAGGAGGAAUUGUGUUUCUCAAUGUCACAUAAGGAAAAGAAACAUGCAGAAACAGCAACUGGCUCUCAAAUGUUUGAAGAUACAGUUGUGUUUCCUAAGCUGAAGUAAUUUUCCUGCCAGAAAUCCCCAUGACCUAAGAUGACAGUUAUCCAUUCAGCGUUAAUAGAAGCAGCAUGCCUGGAGACAGUUUUGUGUCACUAUACAGUGUCUUAUGGCCACAGACAGAGCUGAAACCUCUGUUCUUAUGUUUCUGGACUUUGCUGCAUCUUCAUCAGAGUGAAGUACAAGGUUGAUUCUACCUUUGAUGGCCUGUUUAUCUCUACCUGUACAGUCAGGAAAAGACAGCCCUGCAUCGCUUCAGAUUUGGAGUGACGUCUGCUGCAGAUUUGGUGCUUAGGAAAUGCAACAAAGAAGCCAAGAAUAGAUACAGUACUGAGGCACACUUAGAUCGGUGGAACAUAAUGAACUUGUGGAGGAGGUGCUUUCAGAGGACCAAACACAGUAACCUGGGGGAGACCCAGCUGUGGGCGAACACACCAGGAUAAGAAUUGCUAACCUGAAUUUUUCCAAAGUUGUAUUCCCAGGCUCUCAGAAGAGCAAUACUGGCCUCAAUAUUCAGAAAUACGAACCAUAAUAUUACCACUGAAUUAUUUUUAUUUGUCUUCUCAUCUCUGUCAUUUGAAGGUGGCUAAUUGUGUGUUGUUUUAACCCUUUUGGAACUGAAUGCUCUUGGACUCCCAUACAAGAGGAAUACCUAGCUUUCUCUAGUGCCUAAUUAGUGCCUUUUUCUUUAGUCACCAAUGAUUUGAAUUUUAACUCAUAUCUAUCAUGACUAGAAAACUAUGCUUGAAAGGUGAAAGUUCUGAUUGCAGUUUAGUGUCUUUGACUGGCAGUGCCAAAUCUUUUCAACAAGAACCACAAAAAUUGAAGGAUUGCUAACACAGUGGUGAGAAAUGUUAACAUUACAGACAUGUUUACUGAAAAGCGGUGCAAGUGUAGUAAAAAUGGGUGGUGAAAGCUAAUGAACCCUGCUGUAGAAAAUUAAAAGCUGCAUUCAUAGUUGAGACCUCUGUGUCAGGAACUGUGGUGACAUGCUUUCUUCAUAACCAUGAGUUAGCAGAGUUUACAGCAACCUACUUCUGAACCUGGCAUAGAUAUUUUCCAGAGAUAAACUGCUGCUCAGACUCUGUGAAUCUGAAGGUUAUUGGAAAAACAGGAACAGCGAUCCUUUCUUCUGAGUAAUCUUAGAUUACUUUGUAAAAUGCAGAAUUGUGCUGAUACCUUAAAUGUAAGAAAACAAAAUGAAUGAAAGGAUUUUGAGAUGGAUUUUAUCUCAACAAGUGAGUUAUGCAAUUUAAUGCACCAUAAACAUGUAACCCUCACCUCUUCUGUAUUACGUUUUGUUUUCAGUUUACCUCCCACCCUCUAACUGUUGUUCUGUUUUCCAUUACUACAACUUGCAGUGUAACAACAGAAUCAUUGAAUCAUAUGAGAAGGGUCCAGCAAACCUUAUUUGUUCCACCAAAAUUCCUUCCAUGUGUUGAAGCUUCCUUUUUUCUUUUGCUAAUUUUUGUAAUGUGCUUAAUUUUAGUCAUUUCUCCCACACAUUGGAGACCAGCAUCCUUCCCUCACCACUGACAGGUUUCAAGGCCAUACAAGAAGUAACCAAAGCCUGUUGGACUUACCACAUCGUUAGAAGAGUGUGAUCACUGUGCAUAACUAAAAUCUGCUCUCAAAAAGAGGGGAGAGGAGAAGUGCAAAAAAGAAGAGCAAAAAAGAAAAGAGGGCUUGGACCAGAGAAGCCUUGGUGCCCCAACUCCAACUGAAUUGGUUGCUUGUGCUCCUUUGAAAAACCAAGCUGAUGACUGUUAAAAGACCUGGAAAUGUUUUGCCUAUGCAGGAAAAAAAUAUUCUGAAUGCUAACUUAGAGCUUUGUGUGCUGCUAUCAAGAAUGUUAUCACAUAAUAAUUCAGGGAAAUUAUCUCCACUCAAAGCAUCUUCAAGUGACCACAGGUGAUCUCAAAGGAGAACACUCGGGGAAUUCAGGGACCAGAGAUUUAAUGGUUGCAGUUUUAUAGUCUUUAUCAGACCAUCAAGGCUGUAAUCAAAAGAUAGGAGUUAUCACCUCCAAGAGUUCUGUCAUGUAAAUCAACCUUUGAGGGAAAAUCAUAGCAAGAGAGCCUCUGUGAGCUGCUGCUCCUGCUUCUGACCUACCAAGCUAUGUUCAAUCCAGAUGAGCAACAGAAGAACAUGGAGGUUUUGCAAUUUGAGCUGAGCCAUGCAGGAGCUUUUUGGCAAAAGAGAUGGUCUCCUGAGGGGUGCUGCAGUCCCUAAACUCGUCACACAAUCACAGAGUCACAGAAUGGCAGGGGUUGGAAGGGACCGCCAGAGAUCAUCUUGUCCAACCCCCCUGCUUGAGCAGGCACACCUAGAGCAGGGGGCACAGGAACGCAUCCAGAAAGAAUAUGGUUUCCCCUUUAUUUCCCUAUUUACAUGAUUAAUUUCUCAGGAAAAUGAGUCAUCUCAUUUGGGUGGUUUUGAACAUCAACCCAUCUAAUCUUUGCUGGUCAAAGAAGAAAAACAGACUGAGGUAAAACCUGGGGAUGACUGUUGUUUAGAUGAAGAGUUUAAUUUGUGCCCUGCCCUGCUUUCUUGAUGAUAGGAAACAUCGAAGAAGUCACCCUUAGAAAAAAAUAAUGUUUUUUCAGUCUUCUGGGACUGCCUGAAAUAUCAGAGACAGGAUCCAUAAAAUACGAGGUCUGGGCUUUCUGGUAGGAGUGAGUGCGACAGCAGGGUGUGAUUUCUGGAUUUCUGAAUGGAGACAAUUGAUCAGUUGCUCAGAUGAUACAGCUGUACAACAGCUACACCAGGGUAGAACCCUCCACAGGAGAAAACAGCUUUCAAAAUGCAAUCAGGGACUAGCAGAAAACACUACAACAAAUGCCCCAAAACACAGGAAGGAUCCCACCAGCUGCAGAAAGCCAGCAUCAGGAUCAAAAGAGCAACAUCCCAGAUAACUCUUAAGCUAACGGGGACCACAGGGCAUUCCUGACAUCCUGCAAAUCUUCAGCAAGGAACAUGGAAGAGUGCAGAAAAAAGCAGCGAGAAGACAUUACUUCCUAUGCACAUGAGAUAAGACCAGGAGCUCUGUCGCUUACCAAAGAACCUACAGAAGAAACAGUUACCUUCAAGCUUGAUUAACACCUUACAAAAGCAGAAGAUGCCUGUACAGAACCUACAGAGCUUUUGGAGGAGAAGAGCAACAACAAUGGACACCCGCAAAGGAACCAGGCUUGUUUUUUCUGGCCGGAGGCUCUAGAGCAUCUGAAAAACCAGAAGGGAAGACCUCCAAGCCCACCAAGAACAAAACCAGGAAAACCAUGGCUGUUCAGCUCCUGGGUGGACCUGAUACUGGGAAGACGCUGGAGGCAGUUCCUCACCAUUCCACACCUGCGUUACCAGAGGUCUCAAGAGCGACCUGCCAGAAGGUACCACAGGCUACCCAAAAAACCCAGUCUGAAAGGCAAGAGCCUCAGAACACUCCUGCCCUGUCACACCAGCAAGAGUCCACUCUCUGUUUUGAACACCCUGCGUGCAGGUGUUGGCGGGGAAGAGUGCGUUGCCUUUGGGCUGUGGCAGGCAGACAGGUUUGGUGACCAUUUCAUUUGCUUUUCCCUGGCCCCUGCAUGCCAGGUGCUGCCCCUCAUAAUCCUAAUCUGUCCCCGCACUGCAGUGCCCCAUCCCACCUUCCUGCACAACAGUGCAAGCAGCUUCUGUGUUUUCACUAUGAUCAAGAGAAGAAAGAUGAUCUUAUGGCCGCAGGUCUCAGGAGUGCUUGAGAGGGACCAGCACAGCCAUAACCUGCUCUGAGCUGGAAGAGGAGAUGGAGGACCCCAAGCACCACAGGUGAAGGGAACAGUCACAGCUAUCGUAGCUCUCUCAACAGUGAAAGCUAAUCCAGUUAAAACUGCUUCAUCCCUCUGUGAACACCGGUGGUGCGGCUGGACAUGGCAGAGGCACAGGCUGAAGCCUGCCUGCAGAAGUCGGGAGACAGGUGAAAAAUCUGCUUUCUGUCUCCUGUCAUCGAAACUGUGUCAGAAAACUGGGUUUGUGUGUGUGUUUAUCUAAAACACAAAGCCAGCACAUGGAUGCAGCUCUGCCAAUCCCGUUUUAGCCCAUUUAAGAGUCCAGCCAACAAAAUCACUUUUGAUUCAACUUAUUCCUGGAGCAGUGUGUGGGGCACUGACCACAAUAUCUCAAAGGAAAGUCACUACUGUUUUGCAAAACCUGGGCUCAUUUUUUCCAACUGGUGUCCCAUUUCAGCUAUAGAAAAUUGCUGUCUAAAGGUGCAAAUACCAUUUUUUUUUGGUCAGCGUAACAUCAAACAAUGCACAGUUGUAGCUCAUUUAAUUAAGGGGGCUAAUUUCCCUCAAUUGUCUGUUAAGGCAUCACACAGGUGUUCCAUUUCAGAGCAUGCUGCUCUAAGCCUAAAAGCUGAUUUUUAACUUAACCUAAAAAUGUCAGUAAUAAUGACCUGUGAUUACUGCCUUGUGAAUCAGAACCUAUGAUACUUAAAAUGAUUAGCAUCAAAGCCUAACCAGUAGCUUGCUAAAUUCAUUAUCAGCCAUAAACCAUCAUCACUGAAUUGAACUUUAAACUGAACAUUGGCCAUGGGCUCAGCCCACCUGUUGGAGGCAGCAUUUUAACAAAUUUAAUUUGGAAAUGUAGUUAAAGUUUUGGUCACCAAUCUCUUCUUGAAGGAUGAAACUGUGGUAUUAGCACAAAAUACAAUUUGAUUAAAAACAACAAGCUAUUUUA